AUGAGCAUCGAUCUUUACUCUGCUGAAAGCUGUAUUCAGCACUUCUUCGACACCUCAACUACAGUUACGAGGGCGGAAUGUGAUAUGAAAGCCGCAUCCCUUGUCGGCGGGACAGUGACUCCAGUGCCCAUACAGGGUGUGUGGAGCUAUACGGUCACUGGUGGGCCAGGUCAGGCAGAUAUUGUGCAGUUUCGCGCGGAGCGAUCCAAGCUGGAUAUGGCAAAUAUCAGAAUCGCUGAGCUGGUUCACGCAAAAGAUGUUCCAGGGUGCAAGUAUUAUGGGCAAAUCGGUAGCCAACAUCCUCUGUCUAUCUACGUGAUGCAGAAACGUCAUGGCGUAUGUUAUAUCCAGACAAGGGACACUUCAUUGGAGGGUAAGGCGGAAUUUAAGAUGCGGCAAUUCCGGACUGUUGGUGACCUUGCAAGGUUCUUCGCAGCAGCAUGGAGGGGGGCACAGGAAGUGUCUCCGUCCACUGUCAAUAACUUACACAAGGAAUUUGAAACUGAUCUUAAUCGACUAUUUCAACGGCUUCCUGAUCGCUUUACGAAAACACUCAACCUGGUCCGCCAGAACUUGCCCAGAAUCUUCACCCUUCCCUUUGUCAUCACUCACGGUGACCUCAACGAAAUGAACAUUCUUGUUGAUAAUGCCGGCCAUAUUUCUGGCGUUAUUGAUUGGGCAGAGUCAAAAAUAUACCCAUUCGGGAUUUCGCUGUGGGCACUAGAGAACAUUCUUGGCUAUAUGGAUAGCAAUGGCUGGCAUUACUAUAAUAAUGCUCAGGAGCUCAGAGAUGAGUUUUGGCGAAUCUUUGAGACUGACAUUGGAGGCAUUCAGGAGGAAGUUAAGGUAAAUAUCCGUUUUGCAAGGAUGGUUGGAUUAUUCCUACGAUAUGGCUUUCAUCAAGAUGGGGCAAAGGUAUCUAAAAAGCUAGACAGUUUGAAUUAA